UCUGAAUCUUGGUUAUUAGCAAUUAAAUCUAAGUAAUAAAUUGGGAUUAAAUGAGAUUAGAUACAACUGAAAAGAUUAAGUAACUUCUCAUAAAGUGAUACCUACAAAUUUACAAAGAAUUCAAUGAAUUAUGUGGAUGAACCUGAUAAGCCAUAUUCAGCGAUUUCGUUUCAUUUCCCACACUUGUCCACGUUCACACAUGAACGAUUAAUAAGGUACCCUUUACUCCUAAAGAACUCGCAAUAGUAAAUUACCAAAAUAUGUGCAAUUAACCCUACACUGAUUGCUUUCACGCUAAAAGUAAGAAGUACUUUGUAAAGUUUGUAAUACAUAUCAUAUAUACAUAAUAUAUAAGUUCGGAUAGGUACCUGGUACCUAAUUGCUUUGCAAGCUACAAUCAGUAAUGACAGUUCACUUAAAAAUCGUAAAUAUUACAUAAUUAAAGAGUAAAGAACGUAGGUAUCAAUUAAAAUAUAGCCCGAUUCUAGGAUCGAGUGAUAAAUAUCUUGUAUUGGUGAUUACCGAUUGUUAUUCUAACAUUGUUAUUCAAGAUUUGCAUUCAUAGUAUCACGCAUAUACAGUGCUUAUUAUAUAUGUAUGUACCCUUUCUGACGUUUAAUAAACUUGUACCUACAUGAAAAUGGACAAACCUGUGGAACCUAAUAUUGAAGAUUGCUGUGGUAGUGGCUGCAACCCAUGUAUAUUUGAUAUUUAUAAAGAGCAACUUAAAAAAUAUGAAAAUAGUUUGAAGUAUGGGCAAAUAACAAAUAAUACCUUAGAAAAUGGAAUAUCACAAAUUAAAUACACAAAUUUUGUUGUGGUAGACAAUAAAUAUAUGAAUGAUACACAUGCAAUAAUAAUUCUAAAGAGACUUGUAUGCAAUGAUAAUGGUAUGAGUCGAUUAUGGUGGAACCCAGGUGAUCACUUCCUUCUGAAAUAUGCUGCAGAAAAUAAAACAUGUACUAGAGCAUACACUCCAAUUAAGUUAAAAAAAAAUGAAACAGAUUUGUGGGACUUUUUCAUUGUUGUAAAGAAAGGCAAUAUAGGUUCAGUGUCUUUAUAUCUAUACAAUUUACAGAAAAGUGAUAUAACCUCAUGGCGAGGUCCAUAUGGAAAAUAUGAACUUGUUCCAAAUAGAUUUGAUAGAAUCAUAAUGAUAGCCCAAGGAACUGGCUUAGCCCCUUUCAUUUCAAUUAUCCAGCAGAUUCUUGAAAAUGAAGAUGACAUGACAAAAAUUAUAUUAAUUUAUUGCACUCAAAAGAUUGAGACCAUAAUUUUAAGAGAAGAAUUGUACUCAUAUAAACAAUAUUGGAACUUUUCUUACAAAAUUUAUCUUAGUGAAAGUAGUGAUGAAUUUCCAUCUAAAUAUGAAGAACCAAUAAUAUGUACAAAAUUUAAUUUUAAUGAAUUAUCCCAUCAUAGACCAUUUAGAAUAAGUGAUCAAUACCUCUUGUGUGGUUCAGUAACUUUCAUGGAAACUUAUGGACAAUAUUUAAUCAAUGAAAAUGUUCAACUUGCAAAUAUAGUAAAAUUUUAGUUUUAUUGUAUGAAUGGUCUAUUAAAUUUAUGUAGUGAGACCCUUAA